CCACCAUUUGUCUCAAGCAGGUCCUUCCUACACUGCACGUGCCCCUUAUAAAAAGCCACGUAAUUUUGAUGAUGAUGAUGAUAAUACUACUAAAAUACUAGUCUGCCUCAGAUCUGAUGGUCCUCAGCUCAUAGUAGUGGUGUGGGUAUACAAACUCAUCCAAGUUCUAGACAGAGAGAGAUAAAACUCAUUACUCGACAGAGAAAGAGAAGCGCUUUCAGUUUCAGAGUUCAUCUCCGCCACCGUAUCAGUGUAUUUUUGAAUCCGGAAAAACAAGAAAAUGGGAGAGGAGGAAAAGAAGCCAGCUGCAGAAGAAACGAAAGUGGAGGAAAACAAACCAGAGGAAGCAAAGAAACCGGAAGAAGGAGACAAAGCUGAAAAGAAAGAAGAAAAGCCAGCAGAAGAAAAGAAAGAAGAGAAAAAACCAGAAGAUUCAAAAGAAUCCAAGGAUGAACCUCCUCCACCUCCACAAGAAAUUGUUCUCAAGGUUUACAUGCACUGCGAGGGUUGUGCUCGGAAGGUUCGCAGAUGCUUAAAGGGCUUUGAUGGGGUUGAAGAUGUAAUUACUGAUUGCAAAACUAGUAAGGUUAUUGUGAAGGGAGAGAAGGCAGCCGCGGAUCCAUUGAAGGUUCUAGCCAGAGUUCAGAGGAAAAGCCAUAGGCAAGUCGAGCUCAUCUCUCCGAUCCCAAAACCGCCAUCUGAACAGGAGGAGAAGGCGGCUGAAGAGAAAGAGAAGCCCAAGCCUGAAGAGAAAAAAGAAGAGCCUCCAGUGAUCAUAGUUGUCCUACAGGUUCACAUGCAUUGUGAAGCUUGUGCAAUGGAAAUCAAGAAACGGAUACAAAGAAUGAAAGGUGUUGAAUCAGCUGAGCCAGAUCUAAAAAGCUCACAGGUAACAGUAAAGGGAGUUUUUGAUCCUCCGAUACUUGUCGAUUAUGUGUACAAAAGAACAGGCAAGCAUGCAGUAAUAGUGAAGGCAGAACCGGAGAAAAAAGAAGAGAAAGGAAAGGAAUCCAAAGAAGAGAAAAAAGAGGAGGAAGGUGACAAAGAAAAGAAAGGCGGUGAACAGGAGGAGAAUAAAGAAAAUAAAGAAAGUAAAGAAGGUGGCGGCGGGGGUGAAGGGGAAGCAAAACCAGAGGCGGCAGCGGAAGCGCCACCCGCAGAAGAAAGUACAGUUGUAGAGCUGAAGAAAAAUGAAUAUUACUAUUUCCCACCAAGACCGUAUGCCAUGGAAUUGUAUGCAUACCCUCCUCAGAUCUUUAGCGACGAGAACCCCAAUGCAUGUUCUGUUAUGUAAAAAGUUAAUGAAAUCAGGGGCAAAUAUGAGAUUUUAGGGGAAAAUAUGCUCAUAACCCGCCCAUUCUGGACUCUCUGAUGUGCUGCUCCCUCUUUUGUACUUCCUGCUCAGUAUAAUCUACAGAUAAGCUGUAGAAUUUUGUGAUGUAUUCUUCUUUUUUUUUUUUACCUUUCUUUUUCUAUUCCCAAAAAAAA